AUGGCUCUUCUUUUGACCGUCCUCUUCCCCCUCGUCUCGGCGAGUGUCUCUCGCUCCGUGCCCAUCGCCGCGCAGACAGUCUCCUCGUCGUCGCCGGCCGGAGUGGCUCUGUUCCCCGGAGAGGCCGUUCAAUUGACCGCCGCCGUGCUGUCGACACUCUCCGCCGAGCUGGGAGAGGAAGACGCGUCUUUGUUUUCGUUUGGAAACACCUCGGUGUCGGUUGAAGAACGGAAAUGCAAGCUGCUCCCUGGGGACGCCGACUGGCCGGACGACAAGCUGUGGGAAACAUUCGAUGCGCUCCUCGGCGGCGCUCUCAUCCGCACCGUGCCCCUCGCGGCUGCCUGUUAUGCAUCCUGGCCGGAAUACAACGCCGCCGAAUGUGACUAUGUGAAUGCCAACUGGACAGAUUCCUUUAUGCAUGCAUCCUCCCCCUCGUCGAUCAUGUGGCCGCUGUUUGAAGGCCGGACGUGUCUCCCGACCGAGUAUGGCGAUUCGUGCACCCUCGGCGGAUACAGCAGCUACGCCGUCAAUGUCACGACAAUCGCGCAGAUCCAGCUGGCCGUCAACUUUGCCCGGAACCGGGGGCUCCGUCUCGUGGUCAAGAAUACGGGCCACGACUUCAACGGCAAGUCGACGGGUAAAGGCGCGCUGGGGAUCUGGACACACAACAUGAAGGACAUGGAGUACCUGUCGGAAUACCAGCUUGACAGCUAUUCAGGCCCGGCCGUCAAGAUGGGCGCUGGUAUCCAGGCGUUUGAGAUCUAUGAACAGUCCAAGCAGUAUAACUUUACUGCUGUCGGAGGAGAGGGAGAGUCCGUCGGCGUAGCUGGAGGAUACCUUCUCGGAGGCGGCCAUUCGCCCAUGUCGAGCGUAUACGGCCUGGCUGCCGACCAGGUGCUGGCGAUGGAGGUGGUUCUCGCCAACGGCUCCUUUACUACCGUCACCCAUGCCUCUGAUCCGGAUCUCUUCUGGGCGUUACGGGGUGGAGGCGGAUCAACCUAUGGCAUCGUAACCUCGGUCAUCUCUCGAGUGCAUCCCCAGGUCGGCGUGACCGUGUCGAGAGGCAGCUUCACCAGUGCGAACGUCACGGCCGACGCCUUCUGGACCGCCAUGCGGGCCUGGUUCGAGCGCUUCCCCGAGCAGGCCGACGCAGGCACAUAUUCGUAUUUCUGGGUGCUGAGCCUGGGCGACGACGAGUUUGAAUUCGAGAUGGCCCCCUUCUUCGCCGUCAACCAUACCCUGGCCGAGUUUGAAACCCUCAUGGCACCCUGGUACGACCUCCUCGCCGAGCUGGGGAUCGAGUAUACUCCCACGACGGAAUACUACGACAACUUCCAUGACGCCUGGAAGGUAGGGUUCCCGCUGGAGGAGAUUGGGAUCCCCACGAUGAUGGAGGGAUCGCGGCUCUUCCCUCGGGCGAACUGGGAGAACGCGACGCUGUUCAACCAGACCCUUGAGGCCUUGCGCACCACCAUUACGGCCGGGUAUCCCUUGCUGGCGUUCAACAUGAAGGCCGAGCUGCAGGCUGGGUAUCGCGACGACUCGGCCAACCCGGCAUUCCGGACCAUGCUCAUGCACGCCAUCACCUCGACGGAAUGGGAUUCCAACACCACCAACGCAGAGAUCAAGGAGCAGAUGGAGGAGUUCACCUUUGACGUCCUGCAGGCCUGGCGCGAUGUCUGUCCACACUCUGGAGCGUACAUGUCUGAAGCGGAUAUCCUGGAGCCGAACUUCCAGCAGGCCUUUUACGGGGAUCACUAUGACAGGCUGUAUGCUUUGAAGAAGGUCUACGAUCCCAAGGGACUCUUCUAUGCCCCUACGGGGGUCAGCAGUGAGGAUUGGGUGGUCGACAGUGCGGAUGGCCUUCCUGAUCAGAAUGGGCGGUUAUGCAGGAAGUUAGAAUAG